GGGGUCUUCUCGAUAUAUCAUCGAUCCCCUUUCCAAUUUUCUUUCUUUUUUUCCUUUUUUAUAAUCACACACCAUUGACCCCGUGAUUAUAAAGCCCUUCCUUAACUCCACCUUCCUCCCAUAAUCAGAUCCUUGCCAAAAGUCUCAUUAUGUCCGUUGCUCCUCUCAAGAGCCUUGACGAGUUCCGUACUCUUGUUAAUUCGGGCCAAGUCGUGAUAAUCGACUAUUGGGCCACAUGGUGCGGUCCUUGCAAUAUGAUAAGCCCAGUCUUCGAAACGCUGGCCUCCAAACCAGAAUUCAGUUCGAUCAAAUUUGUCAAGGUUGAUGUUGAUGAACAGGAGGAAAUAUCUCAGGAAGUUGGAAUCAGAGCCAUGCCAACCUUCCAAGCUUUUAAAGACGGAUUAAAGAUAGACGAGCUGGUGGGCGCUGACCCCAGACAGCUGACAGAGCUUAUUCAGAGACAUGUAUAAAUCCCUGGGCCUUGGUUAGAAAUAUAUCCCAUCUAGUGGUUAGGAAAGGAGAAAAUACCAGGGAAAGCUAUAUGAGAUUGUUGGUUCUUGGUCAUAUGGCUAGAUCACUCUCGUGGGGCUUUUUGUUUGAUAGUGUUAUCACUAUAAGUGUAGUUCUGGUAGCUUCGGUUCUAACUGUUGAGUACACUGGAUCUCUCCUUCACUUUGUUGUCAACAUAACGGAGUCAAAUGAUGAUUUGAAUGACUCACUAUAUAAGUAUAUUUAAGCUGUUGGAGUGCUU